AUGGAUGACAAAGAAUUUUGUGGUCAGACCUCAAAUAAUCUUGGAAUCAGCCAGAUCAUCGUGAACAUGAUUGGACUCUACUACUUUGGAACCAGGAUCGCAAAUACCUUGGGGCCGCGCUACCUGUUGAAGCUCUACUUUGCUGGAGCACUUGGUAGCUCUGUUGUCUUCUUGAGUCAACAUGCUCUAAUGACUACAACAUUCAAGUCAAUCGUACAGAGCAAUGACAAAACAACGAAAGGAAAAACAAAUCCAAUCAUACGGGGCCGUGGAGUUGCCACUAAGGAUCAAUCAAAACUCCUUACUGUGAACCUGGGUGCUGAAGGAUCUGUGUUUGCCAUCGCGCUACUCGAUAUCUUUCUCUACCCAAAAGUUACAACAUACUUUGCGUUGAUGCUCCGAGUGCCUGUAAUGUGGGGAGUCAUAAUCCUAGGAAACGACAUGUUAAAAGUGCUAGAGGGGAAAAAGAACAAUAUCUACUCGAAUCUGUUGGGAGGAGCUGUGGUUGCAGCCAUGGCGUGGGCACGGAUAAGGAAAGGUCGAUUUCACUACUGA